GACCCCAGACCCAGAGACGAUUGAGGCGACAACCGAUCAACCCGUCCAACACGUCAGAGUGCUUUGAAAGCUCGAGACCCAAAAUCAAAGCCCAAAAACCACGGCAAGGAAGUCGGUUUGUCCUCCCGGCGUGCAUAAAUCCAGCGGCGUCCUCCGAAACCUCUCGCCGCGCGCGAGAGAGAACGAAAGCAAAAGGUGACCGAGUCCGAUCAUUCGGUGAUGAGUCGAUCCAAGUACAUCCUCGCGCUCCUCACCUUCGUCACCAUCGGGAUGAUCAUAGGUUCUUUAUUUCAAUUAGCUUUUAUCCGACGAUUAGAAGAGUCAUCUGGUACUUCACAUUGGGAGAAUGACAAAGAUGCCACUGUGCUUCGUCUCGGAUUUGUCUGUCAAACCUGAAGUUCUCAGUUGGUCGCCUCGAAUAAUUCUUUUCCAUAAUUUCUUAAGCACAGAGGAAUGCGAUUAUCUUAGAGCAAUUGCCAAACCUCGUCUUCAGAUUUCCACCGUCGUAGAUACCAAAACAGGGAAGGGUAUCAAAAGUAAUGUCCGUACAAGUUCUGGCAUGUUUUUGAGUUCCGAAGAGAGAAAGUUUCCGAUUAUACAGGCAAUUGAAAAGCGGAUUGCUGUCUUUUCUCAAGUCCCUGCUGAGAAUGGAGAGCUCAUUCAAGUACUGCGGUAUGAAAAAAAUCAAUAUUACAAACCGCAUCAUGAUUACUUUGCUGACACUUUCAACUUGAAGCGUGGAGGGCAACGUAUAGCAACAAUGCUCAUGUAUUUAAGCGAUAAUGUUGAAGGGGGUGAAACAUAUUUUCCUUUGGCUGGAAAUGGUGAAUGCAGUUGUGGAGGAAAGAUGAUGAAGGGGCUGUGUGUUAAGCCUAUUAAAGGAGAUGCAGUUCUCUUUUGGAGCAUGGGUCUAAAUGGGGAGUCUGACCCAAACAGUAUUCAUGGAGGAUGUGCAGUUUUGAAAGGAGAGAAGUGGUCAGCCACGAAAUGGAUGAGGCAGAGAACUAGCUAUUGAUAAUUUUCUCCCGCACAACCUCCAAUUUUUCCAGCACCUCCAUUUUUCUUGCAUGUUACAUGCUAGAUAUAAAAACUGGUCAAUAUUACGAUGACAUGUAUAUAUCUCUUUCAUUGCAAGUUUACACUAGAUUUGAGAAGAACCUUUUACAGCGUUUACGAGAAUUUGCAUUUCAGAAAGAUCCUUGGUUACAUGAAGUGGUUAAAAGAAUAUGUGGCGGUUAAUUUUGGAAUCUCCCCAGGGUAACUAGAUAUUGAAGUAGACAUGAAAGGAUGUAGGUAUCACCAACAUUGUAUUGGAAAUUUAUUCUUUUCAAUUCCAAUAGCCCUGCAUCAUGUGAGUGAACCAAUAAUUUUAGACAAAA